AUGGCGUACGUAGAAACGUCUUCAACGCAACAAGCAGCGGAGAUUUUGGAAGAUGAAACGUUAGCAGAAGAGGAACUAUUGGACGAGCUUGAAAAUGAAGAAAUCCCCGCCCACAUCAGAGAGGCAAGGAUGGGUGAGCUGAAAAGCGAACUCCAACGGAUGAACGAACAUCAGCGUAAAGGAUACGGUGCUUACAGUGAGCUGAAAAAAGAGAAGGAGUUACUAGAUUUGACGACACAAGAGAACAAAGUCAUCAUUCACUUCUUCCAUUCAGAUUUCAAACUUUGUGCGGUCAUUGAUAAACAUCUAAAGGUUUUAGCCGAGAAACAUUUUGGAACUAAAUUUGCCCGUAUCAGUGUCACUGUUGCUCAGUUCUGUGUCCAGAAGUUGCACAUCAAAGUUCUACCUGCCGUUUUAAUCUUCAUAGACGCAAAGGAGAAAGACAGGAUUGUUGGCUUUGAGGACUUGGGAAAUCAAAACGACUUCAGGACAGAAGUGCUUGAGAAGAGACUAGCCAAGAGUGGUGUUAUACAACUUUUCAAUGCACCAAUUGAGCCAUUUGAGAAGAAGACAUUGCUAGGCUACGAGAGACGGAAGCCGGACGAAGAAAGCGAUGACGAUGAUUACUGAGGACUUAAAGGCAUAGCAGCCGAUUUCAUGAAAUGCUAGGAUUAAUCCUAUCUCGAGUUAAGGCCUGGGGUGGAUUUCACAAAGAUA